UGCCUUUCAGGAACCAGGUGACAGAUGGGUCUCUUCCUUCCUGUCCCCGUCUCUCGCGCUCCCCCCUCAGAGCUCCAGUCUCCAGCCUUCCGUGGGAAUCGUCUGAAGUUCUGAGCCCAGAACCCUAGGGGGAAGAGGAGGAGGAGGGAGAGGAAGGCAAGCCUUGAGAGCCCGGGCACCCUCCCGGCAGGAGAGGAGCACCUCGGGGAAGCAGACUGUGGGGCCUGUAGCCCCGUGGCCCUGGCCUGGCCGUGGCGCCCGGCUCCUGCGGGUAGCACUCCGGCAGGCCCCCAACAGUUGGCACCGGCUCUGCCUGCCUCGCUUGGGGCCCCCAAGCUGGGGGUCGCCCCCAAGAUGGUGGCGGCCCCAGGGAGGACUGUGCUGCCGGCCCCAGCCUCUGGCCGCUAGGCCACCUGCGCCCCGGCCCCCGACCCCAAGCCCGGCCUGUGAGGAGGCCGCGGCCGGAGCCAUGCUGCGCCUGGGGCUGUGCGCGGCCGCGCUGCUGUGCGUGUGCCGGCCGGGCGCCGUGCGCGCCGACUGCUGGCUCAUCGAGGGCGACAAGGGCUACGUGUGGCUGGCCAUCUGCAGCCAGAACCAGCCGCCCUACGAGACCAUCCCGCAGCACAUCAACAGCACCGUGCACGACCUGAGGCUCAACGAGAACAAGCUCAAGGCCGUGCUCUACUCCUCGCUCAACCGCUUCGGGAACCUCACCGACCUCAACCUCACCAAGAACGAGAUCUCCUACAUCGAGGACGGUGCCUUCCUGGGCCAGUCGAGCCUGCAGGUGCUGCAGCUGGGCUACAACAAGCUGAGCAACCUGACCGAGGGCAUGCUGCGCGGCAUGGGCCGCCUGCAGUUCCUCUUCGUGCAGCACAACCUCAUCGAGGUGGUGACGCCCGCCGCCUUCUCCGAGUGCCCGAGCCUCAUCAGCAUCGACCUGUCCUCCAACCGCCUCAGCCGCCUCGACGGCGCCACCUUCGCCAGCCUGGCCAGCCUCAUGGUGUGCGAGCUGGCCGGCAACCCCUUCAACUGCGAGUGCGACCUCUUUGGCUUCCUGGCCUGGCUCGUGGUCUUCAACAACGUCACGAAGAACUACGACCGCCUGCAGUGCGAGUCUCCGCGCGAGUUCGCCGGCUACCCGCUGCUGGUGCCCCGGCCCUACCACAGCCUCAACGCCAUCACCGUGCUGCAGGCCAAGUGCCGCAACGGCUCGCUGCCCGCCCGGCCCGCCAGCCACCCCACGCCCUACUCCACCGACGCCCAGAGGGAGCCCGACGAGAACUCGGGCUUCAGCCCCGACGAGAUCCUUUCGGUGGAGCCACCGGCCUCGUCCACCACGGACGCCUCGGCGGGGCCGGCCAUCAAGCUGCACCACGUCACCUUCACCUCGGCCACCCUGGUGGUCAUCAUCCCGCACCCCUACAGCAAGAUGUACGUCCUGGUUCAGUACAACAACAGCUACUUCUCCGACGUCAUGACGCUCAAGAACAAGAAGGAGAUCGUGACGCUGGACAAGCUGCGGGCGCACACCGAGUACACCUUCUGCGUGACCUCGCUGCGCAACAGCCGCCGCUUCAACCACACCUGCCUGACCUUCACCACCAGGGACCCGGUCCCGGGCGACCUGGCGCCCAGCACCUCCACCACCACCCAUUACAUCAUGACCAUCCUGGGCUGCCUCUUCGGCAUGGUCAUCGUGCUGGGAGCCGUCUACUACUGCCUGCGCAAGCGGCGCAUGCAGGAGGAGAAGCAGAAGUCGGUCAAGGUCAAGAAAACCAUCCUGGAGAUGCGCUACGGGGCCGACGUGGAUGCCGGCUCCGUCGUCCACGCCGCCCAGAAGCUGGGCGAGCCCCCUGUGCUGCCCGUGUCCCGAAUGUCCUCCAUCCCCUCCAUGAUCGGGGAGAAGCCCACCACCUCCAAGGGGCUGGAAGCUGGGCUGGACACGCCCAAGGUGGCCACCAAGGGCAACUACAUCGAGGUGCGCACGGGCACGGGCGGCGAUGGCCUGGCCCGGCCCGAGGAUGACCUCCCGGAGCUGGAGAACGGCCAGGGCUCGGCCGCCGAGAUCUCCACCAUCGCCAAGGAGGUGGACAAGGUCAACCAGAUCAUUAACAAUUGCAUCGAUGCCCUCAAGUUGGACUCGGCCUCUUUCCUGGGGAGUGGCAGCGGUGGCGGGGACCCUGAGAUGGCCUUCGAAUGCCAGUCCCUCCCUGCGGCCUCCACCACCUCCUCGACUGCCACCCCUGGGGGGCUGGAGCGGCCCAGCUUCCUCUCACCUCCCUACAAGGAGAGUUCCCAUCACCCGCUGCAGCGCCAGCUGAGCGCCGAUGCCGCCGUGGCCCGCAAGACCUGCAGCGUCUCCUCCAGCGGCUCCGUCAAGAGCGCCAAGGUCUUCAGCCUUGACGUGCCGGAUCAUCCGGCCGCCGCGGGGCUGGCCAAGGGCGACUCCAAGUACAUCGAGAAGGGCAGCCCCCUAAACAGCCCGCUGGACCGGCUCCCGCUGGUGCCAGCGAGCAGCAGCGGGGGCGGCGGCGGCAUCCACCACCUGGAGGUGAAACCCGCCUACCACUGCAGCGAGCACCGGCACAGCUUCCCGGCCCUGUACUACGAGGAGGGCGCCGACAGCCUGAGCCAGCGCGUGUCCUUCCUCAAGCCGCUGACCCGCACCAAGCGGGACUCCACCUACUCGCAGCUCUCCCCCAGACACUACUACUCAGGUUACUCCUCCAGCCCUGAGUACUCAUCCGAGAGCACGCACAAGAUCUGGGAGCGCUUCCGGCCCUACAAGAAGCACCACCGGGAGGAGGUGUACAUGGCCGCCGGCCACGCCCUGCGCAAGAAGGUCCAGUUCGCCAAGGACGAGGACCUGCACGACAUCCUCGAUUACUGGAAGGGGGUCUCGGCCCAGCAGAAGCUGUGACCCUCUCCUCCCUGGUGAGGUUGGAGGGGGAGGGCCAGGGGCACGCGGGGAAGGGCCCGGGCGGCCGGGCGGGGCGCGCUGGGGGCCGAGGCCAAGGAGUGGACGUACACGCACACCCGCACGCACGCACCCACGCACACACCUGACCACCACCUGACUGUGAACCACCACCACCCGACAAUACCAGACGGGAAAACAAAGACAUGUUCACCUUAAAGUUUACACACUGAUACUGAAACCAGUCGUCUCUACUGUGCUGCCCAGGGACUCUGCCAGGGUGUGCGUGCUGGGUGGGGCCGGCGGGCAGGCGAGGAAGCCAAAAGAGGGGGUGGGGUCUGGGGCUCUGGGACUAGGGACAGGUUUGGGGGCAAAGGAGCCCGGGGCGGGGAUGGGCCGAAGCCCCCCCUGGGGCAGGGAGCGGGUCCCCCCGGCUGGGGGACAGGUCACGUGGAGAUUUAGUAGAAGGUGGACAGUGGGCAUCGUUUCCGUCCUUUGUGGAUGGGGAAACCGAGGCCCAGAGAAGGGAAUUGCUAACCCCAGGGUCACGUGGCAGGCGAGAGUCAAGUCUCCCAACUUCCCGGCCCCGUGCAAUCCCCCAGCCCCAGGAGCUCUCCCGGGGCCCUCACCCUCGGUUCACCCACUACCUGUUCUAGAGCUGUGGUCUCCUGGGGCUGUGGCACGUGAGAAUCAGGCGGGUGCUUUUCCUUUCUAGAAAGCCCCAUGGCCACGUCCCCCCCUUCCCGAGCGUGGAGCUGUGAUUCAUCAUGUACAGGGGCCUCUGCACCAUACACACUCCCCCUCCCCCCAACCCCCGCCGCCAGCACCCAGGAGAGGUGGGAGGUCCUGUGGACAGGGGAGGAGCAGGUACGGGGACGGUCCACCGGCCCCCUUCAAGUGUCUUCCAAGUAGCCUGAGGGCUGCCGAUGGGGUCUGAGGAGAGCGGCUGAGCCAGCAGCCACCGCGUCUCAGGUGCAGGCCCCAUGCCCUGGCCCGCCAGCCUCUCUGGGCCUCCAGGAGCCCUGCUCGUCCCAGAAGGGCAGCAGUAUACUGUGAUGCCUGGGAGCAGUGGGGAGGUGGGAUCUAAUGGGGGCCUUCCUGCCUCUGCCCCUGCAUCCUGGCCUCCCACCGGCCCGAUCCCCCCUCCCGCUCCCCGCCACGGCCCUCGGGGCAGCAUCUCAGCCUGCCCAGAGGAAGGAGGGCUUUCCGGAGCUUUUCCACUCACCCCCUCUUGGUUGCCUAUCCCUGCCCCACCCCCCUGGCCUGAGGGGCUCCCAUGUUUCCCUGAAAAUGGCCACUCCUCCCUUGCUGACCCCCAUCCUACAUUGAACAAAGCACAAAUGGUGAGCACUCCCACCUCACCCCUGCUGGGAAGGAGCAGGCUGGAUUCCCGGGGCCCCUCCCGUCCCUGGCCAGCCUCUGUUGCCAUGGCAACCCAGAGCCUGGCAGUUGGGACCGUUGGCCUCUUGGGGGUUCUCUCUCUCAGUGUGGGUGGUAGAGGGCGGUGAGAGAGGGUAGGGCCAGAGGGGGUGGCUGCCUUUCUCAAGAGCUAGGGGCUUCCUGGGGCGCUGUAAGGGGGUGGGUCUGGGUUCCUGAGACCGUGGGGUCUUGAACACUGUCAGGGUGCUGAGGGGCUGGAGUCGGCCGUCCCUUCCCCUGUGGAUGGGAGGUGGGCCCGUGGGGGGCGGAGACACUGUAGCUUUGCCCACCUGCCAGUGUGCCCCUUGGUGCCUCACCCACCGCAGGCGGGGAUGGAGCCCACUUGGCUCUCCCCACCCUCCUGCCUUUGGCCUGUCACCCAGUUGGGUUUCUUGAGAUUUGGGGAGUGUGACCGUGGGGUGAGGGUGGUUGCUGGGAGGGGACCAGACCUGCACUGCGGGGGGCAUUCUGACAGGGAAGCUAUAGUGCCGUUCCUGUAGGAUCUGGGGGAGGACCGUGGAGGGCGAGGGGACCUCAGGGCUCAACCCAGCCCCUCUCACACCUACUUGGGGCACGGACCAAGCCCGGGGCUCACUUUGGGGGUGACGUUUGCAAGGAAAGGACUGUUCUCCUGGGGAGCGGAGGGGAGGGGGCCAGCAUGGAUGUGCAGAGCAGGCCUCCCCCGGCUCCCCAAAUCCUGCCCCCCAGCCCCUCCUCAGACCGGAUUGGCAAAACAGAAAAGCAAGCAGGCCGAGAAGCCAGUGAUGUGAGGAAGCAGAUUCCCUGUUAUAUUUGCAUGACGAUUUUACUGUAUUUUUCUGAGCAAA